GUUUCAGCUAAUACUUGUCUAGCAUACCGUCAGCAAUGAGCAGACGGCUGUUGAAGUUUGUUGGAGUAGGAGAUGUAUGAAUUGUGUGUUCAUUGUUAUUAACGAAGUGUUACUGUUAAGAAACUACAAGUAUAAACCUAGAUUAAACGUCAUAACAGUUGGAUUACGACAUACAGUUUUAAACUUCGAGCGUCAAUGAAAGUAUAACCUUUCGCUGCCUUUAUCUGUCAUCGGUAACUUGUACACAAAGGGUGGUAUCGAUGUGUAAGCAGUCGAUCGUGGUCGAAGUAAUGACUUCAGCUCGCUAGAAUGGACCUCUGACGGCGUCCACACGCAGAGACUGGCAUAUAUACCAAGAAACAGUGGAACAUUUACGAUAAUUAGUGUUUUGACGGUGUCACCAAAAUGUCACGUCAGCAGCCAGAACGGAAUAUUCCACAUCUGCGAGACAUAUUUGGUUUCCAUGGCAACUGGAACAGUCAAACACCUCGCAACAAUGAAGAUAUUACACAACAAACGCUAACGAAAUUUCAGGAUAUGAAACUGUCAAAUGACGGUAGCAAAGAUAGGCUUCCAGGAUCUUCGUCUGCUGGAAAUGACAGUGCUAUAUCUGUUGGUUCGACAAGCGAAGAUGAAACUCCAAGAGUUCAGGCACCAACUAAUAAUAAAAAGAAAAAGCAACGUUCUAGACGUGAUAAUUCGAGAACUCUGACAGAGAAGGACGUAAAACAUUUAGAACGGCACCUGUCAAUGAAGAAAACCAUUCGGAAGAAGAUAAUGAGAGAUUUACAGCAAGCUUUUGUUGAAGAUCCUAAUGAAUUUAGAGUGGAAGAUAUUUCUCCUGAGCAAUUGAAAGCAGAAAUAAAUAUUCAAAGUCUGAGUUUUGGAACGCCUUCCCAGAAGACUGGGAAGAAAGCAUCUGCUGAAUCGAAUUUCCUAGAUAUGCUACGAGGUGGCAGCACUAACAGCACACCUAGUGGUAGGUUUAUCAACGAUGACGAAGACUCUGGCCAUGGUUCGCCAACACGAGAGUCAUCUAGUAACAGAAUUGGAGACUACGACGACGACGAGGAUAUAUACGAGACGGAAUCAGGAACCAAUAAGAAGACAAGCUUUUGGCGGCGUUUUACUAUGAAGGGUCGAAAUAAGCGAUGAAAAUAUUAUGCAAGUAAUGUACUCUUAGUGUGAUAUUGUAUUAAUGAGCUUAUAUUAAAGUCCAGCAACUGUGAUAUCAAAAAUUUAUCCUUGCUGUAUUGGGGUUUAGAAUUUUGGGUAAAGAAUGUAGCUAGUCAGUAACAAUGAAUCUUUAAUAUUUGCUGUUUUAUCAAGGGGGAAUUUUAUGUGACGAAGCGAAACGCAUUGAAGGUAACAAUGGCAGCCUUGAGAUUAACAUACAUCAAUACAUGUUAUAUAACAUCUUUGAGUAUGUGAUAGACAAUGCUUCGUAGAUAUAUUAACAAUAUGGAGAUACAUACAAGUAGUCUGUGUGCCUUCUAAAUAUUUAUACUUCUGUUUUUGCCUUUGAUAUAAGACUAUUUUUAUUUGAGGAGGAAACAGGACAAAAUUCUGUUUGAUAUAAUUUAGAGUAGGUCUUUAAGAUGAAUUCUAGGGCCUUAUGAAAUGUUUUUUUUCUAUUAAAGUUGUCUCAGUUUUAAAUACUUGGUACUUCGUACAUAAUAUAAUUUAUAAGUAUGUUUAAAAAAAAGUGUUAAAACUUCAAGUUUGGAAUGUUAAAAGGUAAGAGAAAGUAUGAAAUUAUAAAACUCAUCAAAAAACUUCUAAUCCAUCUCCACAGAAUCUAUCAUCCAAUUAAUCUACCUUCUAAGAUGCAAAUAUAUUUCAUUGUGAAAUAGAUUUUUAACGUAAUAGACUUGGUGAUUGGGUGUUAUUGUAUUAGUUAUUAUGUAUGUUCACUGAUGAUUUAUGUUCCUAAAAACUUCAUUUUUAUUUUGUGUGAGAGUUGAAAAAAAAUGUAUAUAAAUAUUUUAAUACGCAGUUGCAGACAGAUUACAAGGGAUUCCACACACAAAAAAAAAGACAGGCACUUUUAACUAGCUGAGCAACUAUUAGCUCCUCAGGAAGAGCUCUGAUCAUCGGAAUUAGUAAGAGUCGACAGCUUUCUCACGUUGUCGAUUUGUAGAUGUAAUGUAAUUUAAUAUUAUCUUGUAGGUUUGUUGCAACUCUUGCUUAGCGUUUGAAAUAUUUUCUCAUGAGUGAGUUUAAGUACUGUUCUAUGAAGGUUAAGUAGACUAUUGGUGGAUAAAAAAGCUGACCUGAUCUAGAUCAUGCUACUGUAUGCUUUUUAAUAACAUUCAGUGUAUCAGCCAAUGAGAACACUGUGUGUUUUGAUAAUUAAUUACACAAUAUUUUGUCAUUUAUUAAGUACUAAAGUGAUGUGACUGAAUGUAUAAUUAAAUAAGAGAAUUGAGAUACAAUAAAUAAUAGUAUCAAUGGA